GGGCCCGGGAACACCCUGGAGGCAGCAGCGGCGGCUGGGCUAUGGGUGCCAGUGUGCUACCUCUGGGGCUAGGCGCCGGCGACUGCCAGAGCUCCUCGGGGCGCCGGAUGAGUGCCUGCCUCCCGCGGACGGCGCUCUCGUUUCUCUUGUCGUUGUUGCUGGCCACACCUGGCGCUCGGGCGGCUGGAUACGAGACAUGUCCCAUCGUGCAGCCGGGGAUGCUGAAUGUGCACUUGGUGGCCCACACACAUGACGACGUGGGCUGGCUCAAGACCGUGGACCAGUACUAUUGGGGCAUCCAUAACGACCUCCAGCAGGCAGGAGUGCAGUACAUCCUGGACUCCGUCAUCUCUGCCCUGUUGGCGGAGCCCACCCGCCGAUUCGUCUACGUGGAGAUGGCCUUCUUCUCCCGCUGGUGGCAUCAGCAGACAAACGAAACACAGGAAGUCGUGAGGAGGCUGGUGCGCCAGGGGCGCCUGGAGUUUGCCAACGGUGGCUGGGUGAUGAAUGAUGAGGCAGCUACCCACUAUGGUGCCAUUGUGGACCAGAUGACACUGGGGCUUCGCUUCCUGGAGGACACAUUUGGCAGUGACGGGCGCCCACGCGUGGCCUGGCAUAUUGACCCCUUUGGCCACUCCAGGGAACAGGCCUCGCUGUUUGCUCAGAUGGGCUUUGAUGGUGUCUUCUUUGGGCGCAUUGAUUAUCAAGAUAAACUGGUGCGGAAGAAGAGACGGGAGAUGGAGCUGGUGUGGAGGGCCAGUGCCAGCCUGAAGGCCCCUGCUGCCGACCUCUUCACUGGUGUGCUGCCCAACAACUAUGGCCCACCAGAAGGGCUGUGCUGGGAUGUGCUGUGUGCUGACCCGCCUGUGGUGGAUGACCCCCGAAGUCCCGAAUACAAUGCCAAGAAGCUUGUCAGCUACUUUCUGCAGCUGGCCACUGCCCAGGGUCGGUACUACCGCACCAACCACACUGUGAUGACCAUGGGUUCGGACUUCCAAUAUGAGAAUGCCAACACGUGGUUCAAGAACCUGGACAAGCUCAUCCAGCUGGUCAACAUGCAGCAGGCCAAUGGGAGCCGCGUCCACGUGCUGUACUCCACCCCUGCCUGUUACUUGUGGGAACUGAACAAAGCCAACCUCACCUGGCCUGUGAAGGAGGAUGACUUCUUCCCCUACGCCGACGGCCCCCACAUGUUCUGGACCGGCUACUUCUCCAGCAGGCCAGCGCUCAAACGCUAUGAACGCCUCAGCUACAACUUCCUGCAGGUGUGCAACCAGCUGGAGGCGCAGGUGGGCCCAGCGGCCAAUGUAGGACCCUACGGCCACGGAGAUAGCUCGCCCCUCAACCAGGCGAUGGCUGUAUUGCAACAUCACGAUGCAGUCAGCGGUACCUCGAAGCAGCACGUGGCAGACGACUACGCGCGCCAACUAGCUGCAGGCUGGGGGCCCUGCGAGGUUCUUCUGAGCAACGCGCUCGCCAAGCUCAGCGGAUCCAAGGAGACCUUUUUGUUCUGCCGGGACCUCAACAUCAGCAUCUGCCCCUUCAGCCAGACAUCUGAGCGUUUCCAGGUCCUCGUUUAUAACCCCCUGGGGAGGAAGGUGGAUCGGAUGGUGCGGCUGCCUGUCAGAAAAGGCCUUUUCCUCAUAAAGGAUCCGGGAAACAAUACAGUGCCGAGCACGGUGGUGGAACUUACCAGCUCUGGUAACCCAGAACUGCUGUUCCCAGCGUUGGUGCCUGCUCUGGGCUUCAGUGUCUACUCUGUAACCCGCGUGUCUGACCAGAACCCCCAGACCAGAUCUCAGCAUUCCAGGCCCCAGAAAUAUUCGUCCCCUGUCUUGUCCAUCAAAAAUGAGUACCUGCGGGCUUCCUUCCACCCUGACACGGGCUUGUUGAGCAUGAUCGAGGUCCUGGACCGGAAGCUCACGCUGCCCGUGAACCAGGCCUUCUUCUGGUACAACGCCAGUGUGGGAGACAAGCGGAGCAGUCAGGCCUCCGGUGCCUACAUCUUUAGACCCAGCCAACAAUGGCCGUUUCCCGUGAGCCACUUGGCCAGGACACGCCUGGUCAAGACAGCCCUGGUACAGGAGGUCCACCAGAACUUUACAGCCUGGUGCUCCCAGGUGGUUCGCCUGUACUCUGGUCAGCGUCAUCUGGAGCUUGAGUGGACAGUGGGGCCAAUACCUGUGGGGGACAAGUGGGGAAAAGAGAUCAUCAGCCGCUUCGACACACCCCUGGAAACUGGCGGAGUCUUCUUCACUGACAGCAAUGGCCGGGAGGUCCUGGAGAGGAGGCGGGAUUAUCGACCUUCCUGGAAGCUGAACCAGACCGAACCGGUGGCCGGAAACUACUACCCAGUCAACAGCCGCAUUUAUAUCACGGACGGGAAGAUGCAGCUGACAGUGCUGACAGACCGCUCCCAGGGGGGCAGCAGCAUGAGCGACGGCUCUCUGGAGCUCAUGGUUCACCGACGGCUGCUGAAAGACGAUGGCCGCGGAGUGGGGGAGGCGCUGCAAGAGCCUGGGUCCGGUGGGUGGGUGCGUGGGCGUCACCUCUUGCUCCUGGACACGGCCCGCGAGGCGGCUGCAGAACACCGGCUGCUGGCUGAGAAGGAGCUGCUGGCCCCGCAGCUGGUGCUGGCUCCAGGACAGGGCCCCUCCUACCACCAUGACCACCAUGAGGCAGUGCCGCGCAAACAGUUCUCAGGCCUGCGCAGGCAGCUGCCGCCCUCUGUGCGUCUGCUCACUCUGGCCCGAUGGGGCCCGGACACACUGUUGCUGCGUCUGGAGCACCAGUUUGCCCUAGGCGAAGAUUCCAGCCGCAACCUGAGUCUCCCUGUAACCUUGGACCUGCAGGACCUGUUCUCCACCUUCACCAUCACCCGCCUGCAGGAGACCACUCUGGCGGCCAACCAGCUCCGGGCCAGCGCCUCUAGGCUCAAGUGGACAACAGAGAUUGAUCCCAUCUCCCGCCCUGCUGUGCCCAGGCUGGACCCCUCCUCCAUCACACUGCAGCCCAUGGAAAUCCGCACCUUUGUGGCCUCAGUCCAGUGGGAAGAGAACAGCUAGGCCUACAGGAGGCCCUUUGCUCCAGAUGUGGGGCCAG